UUUGCCUCCAGUCCGGCUUUAGCUCCGACUGUCUGCGCGGAGUGUGGAUGAGACGCAAAGGGAACAACCGGGAGCGCACCCAGCACAGGCUAAACAAGUCAUAUUAUCCCUCUUAGAUUAGGCUCUGACUGUGAAUCAAACCGCUGAGGACUUUCAGUCCGACUUGACGGGCUCGGAGUUUCAUUUUGUAGCCAGACUGGGGCGCAUCUCGUCUCCUUGAAGUGAUCCCUUUUUUAUGCAGUCUACCCGUAACGCUCCGGUCGGAAGGAGUCUGGGUGCACGCACAAGAGGAGGAGGAGGAGGAGGAGGAAGGUGGGAGCAACGAUCAUUACUUUUGAACAGAGCCUUCGUCAUGGAGCUAUUCGUCCGGUCUUGGACGCAUUGGCUUGAGGAAGAACAGAUAUCUGCCUCGGGAAACAACAUCAUCUGUCCACUGUGAAGACGCUCGAGAAUGCAGCAGAGCCCCAACCGUUUUUCUGUAGUUUCAGUAGGCUUCUUAUAGAAAAGAAAGGAGAAAGAAGAGGUGGGGUGGGGGACUCCUGGUGUUGAACUGAAUAGGAUCACUCUCCGCGCCGGGAUAUUUUGGCACGGCACUAUGAAAAGAUGAGUGGUGAAGCUUCUCUCAGAACUACAGAUCGCUGAAAUUGUUCCAGCUUUCUCUCCUCCCACUGCAACACGUUGAGCCACUGUUAUCAACCAUUAUUCCGUUGGAUCGCUGGCAUACAGUAACACAAUGGCCUCUGCACUGUGGAGGUGUCCAGUGUUUCGUUGCCUUCUUCUUCUCUUCUGCAUUCACUGUUCACAAGGGUUCAGCCGUGCAGCCUUGCCAUUCGGGCUCGUCAGAAGAGAGCUCUCAUGUGAAGGAUAUGCAAUUGAUCUCCGCUGCCCGGGUAGUGAUGUCAUAAUGAUCGAGACGGCCAACUACGGCCGCACUGAUGACAAGAUCUGUGACGCUGACCCGUUCCAGAUGGAAAACGUCAACUGCUACCUCCCUGAUGCCUACAAGAUUAUAUCACAAAGGUGCAACAACCGUACGCAGUGUGUGGUUGUCACUGGCUCUGAUGUCUUUCCUGAUCCAUGCCCUGGCACCUACAAGUACUUAGAGGUCCAGUAUGAGUGUGUUCCCUAUAAAGUGGAGCAAAAAGUUUUCAUUUGUCCCGGGACUCUGAAGGGGAUAGGAGCUGCCACCUUCCUGUUUGAGGCCGAGCAGCAGGCUGGGUCGUGGUGCAAAGACCCACUGCAAGCUGGAGACAAAGUCUUCUUUAUGCCCUGGACGCCAUACCGCACAGACACCCUCAUCGAGUAUGCCUCUCUGGAGGACUUCAAAAAUGGUCGCCAGACAACCUCUUAUAAACUGCCACACCGUGUGGAUGGGACAGGUUUUGUGGCUUACGAUGGUGCUAUCUUUUUUAACAAGGAACGCACGCGCAACAUUGUGAAGUUUGACCUGCGCACACGCAUCAAAAGCGGUGAGGCCAUUGUAAACAAUGCCAAUUAUCACGACACCUCACCUUACCGUUGGGGUGGCAAGACGGACAUUGACCUUGCAGUAGAUGAGAGGGGAUUGUGGGUAAUCUAUGCCACAGAGCAGAACAAUGGGCGCAUAGUGGUGAGCCAGCUCAACCCAUACACUCUCCGCUUUGAGGCCACCUGGGAAACAGCCUAUGACAAGCGCUCGGCCUCCAAUGCCUUUAUGGUAUGCGGCGUGUUGCAUGUAGUGCGCUCAACCUAUGAGGAGAAUGAAAGCGAAGCCAGCCGGAGCCAAAUCGAUUACAUCUAUAACACCAAGCUGAGUCAGGGCGAGUAUACUGACAUCCUGUUCCCCAACCAGUACCAGUACAUCACUGCUGUGGAUUACAACCCCAGGGACAACCAGCUGUACGUGUGGAAUAACUUUUAUAUCCUGCGCUACGACCUGGACUUUGGGCCACCAGAUCCUGCUGAAGUGCCAACCACUGAGGAUAUCUCCGUCUCAUCAUCUGCACCCAAGACCACUGCAGUAUUCACCACCACCACCACUGUACCUACCGUGAAGGGACAAGGUGACACAACAGUUGCGGGAGCUGAUCCAAGAGAUGGAAGAGAUCCAUCUGAAGACGUCCGUAGCUCAGGAACAGCUGAGCCCACCAUCCCUGAGAUGCCGCCAACACCCAGACGCUUCUGUGAGGCAACCAGGAGGAGAGCCAUUGACUGGCCCCAGACCCACACUGGGAUUUCUGUUGAGAGACCCUGCCCCAAAGGGACCAAAGGCAUCGCCACUUUCCUCUGCACUGUGGGAGGGACAUGGUGCUCCAAAGGGCCAGAUCUCAGCAACUGCACCUCCCACUGGGUGACUCAGGUGGCACAAAAGAUCCGAAGUGGCGAAAAUGCUGCUAAUUUAGCCAACGAGCUGGCUCGGCACACUCAGGGCCCAGUGUUCGCCGGAGACGUCAGCUCCUCAGUGCGCCUGAUGGAGCAACUUGUGGACAUCUUGGAUGCUCAGCUACAGGAACUCAGGCCCAAUGAGAAGGACUCAGCUGGACGCAGCUUCAAUAAGCUUCAAAAAAGAGAGAAGACAUGCCGAGCGUACAUGAAGGCAAUCGUGGACACUGUUGACAACCUCCUGAGGCCGGAAGCUCUGAAAUCUUGGAAAGACAUGAAUUCCACAGAACAAACGCAUGCUGCCACAAUGCUCCUGGAUACCCUGGAGGAAGGGGCGUUUGUCCUUGCAGAAAACCUGAUUGAACCUGCGAUUGUAAAAGUGCCCGCAGAGAAUAUCAUGUUGGAUGUGUAUGUGUUAAGCACCGACGGCCAGGUGCAAGACUUCAAAUUUCCACAGAAUAGCAAGGGUGGAGCAACUCUUACACUUUCCUCCAACACCGUGAAAGUCAAUAGCAAAAAUGGUGCGGCCAAGCUAGUAUUUGUACUCUACAAACACCUGGGUCAGUUCCUCAGCACAGAAAACGCCACACUGAGAGGAAUGGGGGACCUGAACAAACACAACCUCUCCCUCACCGUCAACUCCCACAUCCUGUCGGCCUCUAUUACAAAGGAGUCCAGCCGAGUGUUUGUGGCCGACCCUGUGAUCUUUACCCUGGAGCACCUGGAUAAGGAGCAUUACUACAACCCCAACUGCUCGUUUUGGAAUUACUCAGAGCGAAGCAUGAUGGGAUACUGGUCCACUCAGGGUUGCAAACUACUGGAAACCAAUAAGAGCCACACCACUUGCUCUUGUAGUCACUUGACCAACUUUGCUAUCCUCAUGGCACAUCGAGGAAAUGUGAGAGAUGGGAGCAUGCAUGAGCUGCUUCUUACCGUCAUCACCAGGAUGGGAAUCGCUGUGUCUCUAGUCUGCCUGGCUAUCAGUCUCUUCACCUUCUGCUUCUUCAGAGGUCUGCAAAGUGACCGAAACACCAUCCACAAAAACCUCUGCCUCAACCUCUUCAUUGGCGAGCUUCUUUUUCUUGUGGGCAUAAACAUGACGGAACCAAAGUUGGUGUGCUCCAUCAUUGCGGGAGUCCUCCAUUUCUGCUUCCUGGCUGCAUUCACCUGGAUGUGUUUGGAGGGCGUGCAGCUCUACCUCAUGCUGGUCGAGGUGUUUGAGAGCGAGUUCUCACGCAGAAAAUAUUACUAUAUGUCUGGCUACCUCAUCCCAGCUGUGGUGGUGGGCAUCUCAGCAGCCAUCGACUACAGAAGCUACGGCACACAGCGGGCAUGCUGGUUGAGGGUGGAUAACCAUUUCAUCUGGAGCUUUAUUGGACCUGUAACCUUCAUAAUAGUGGUCAAUGUCAUCUUCCUGGUGGUGACGAUGUACAAGAUGGUGAAGCAUUCCACCUCCAUGAAACCCGACUCUUCCAGGCUGGGGGGUAUCAGAUCAUGGGUGUUGGGAGCGUUUGCAUUGCUUUGCCUUUUGGGGCUCACAUGGUCCUUUGGCUUGUUCUUCCUUAAUGAAUCCUCCAUUGUGAUGGCUUACCUCUUCACCAUUUUCAACACUUUGCAAGGGAUGUUCAUCUUCAUCUUUCACUGCCUACUCCAGAAAAAAGUUCGGAAAGAGUACAGCAAAUGUUUCCGUCAGUCCCAGUGCUGUGGGGCGCUACCGUCUGAGGGUUCCCACAGCUCAGCCAAGACAGCCACGUCUCGAUCCACAGCCCGCUACUCCUCUGCUACACAGAGCCGCAUCAGGCGGAUGUGGAACGACACUGUGAGAAAGCAGUCGGAGUCCUCCUUCAUCUCAGGCGACAUAAACAGCUCCUCCACACUCAACCAGGGGAUGACUGGCAACUACCUCCUAACUAACCCUCUCCUCCGAACCCACGACACUAACCCUUAUAACAACCUGCUGGCAGAAACAGUGGUGUGCAACACCCCCUCUCCACCCGCCUUUCACUCCCCAGGACAGCACUCCCUCAGCAACAGCAGGGACAUCAGCACCAUGGACACCCUUCCCCUCAACGGCAAUUUCAACAACAGCUACUCCCUGCGCGACGACGACUAUGAGGCUGUGGGUGUUCGGGCACCAGGUGACCUGGGCGCCCUCAACCUGGAUGAUGCUGCAUUUGAGAAAAUGAUCAUAUCUGAGAUUGUCCACAACAACCUUAGGCCCCGCGGGGCUCCAAGAAUUCGUGAACCCCCUAGAGAGAGGGACAGAGCGGUGCCUCCACAGACCAGGGUGACAGUGGACCAAGGUGGGGGUGGGAGUGGCAGUGAGGAUGAUGCCAUUGUGGCAGACCAUGCCGAGGCUUCAUCCCCCCAAAGAGGAAGUGGAAGAGUGGGCCACACCACCCUGGAGCUGCUAUUGCACCCCCACCAUAAAGAGGUGCUGGAGGCCCCCCUCCUGCCCCAGAGGACUCACUCUCUGCUUUACAAUGCCCAGAAGGCCCCCAGGCGCCUGGAGGGACAGAACGGCCAUGGUUCUGAGACUGUUACGGCAGUGGAGGAAACGGGCUCUCAGUCACCCAACAAUAAUAGAGACUCCCUUUAUACCAGCAUGCCAAAUUUAAGAGACUCUCCCUCGCCUUCAGCUUCACCGUACCCGCCGGAGGAGGAGGAGGAGCUCUCACGCUCAUCUCAAAGCGAGAGCGAAGACGCAUAUCAUAAAAGCAUGCCUGAGCUUGGCGAUACACCGCAGCCGCUGUCCUAUUACCACAUAAACCGAGGCACCAGCGAUGGGUGCAUCAUCCCACCCAACAAUGAAAACUGUGCACAGGAGGGAGAGGUGCCCAGUGACGGACAAAUGCAGCUCAUUACCAGCCUCUGAGAAGGCCAUCAUUGUUUGCACAGGUUUUAACAGAUGGAUACUUUUAGCUGAUGUCAAGAGAGCCGGUGAGCCUUGCUCCGCACAUGUUCUUCCUGUUAGAACAGGAAGUGAAAAGUUGCUGAGUGGGAAAAGGAAUGAAUGAAUGAAUGACUUUUGCACACAAAUCUCAUUAACACACAAAACACAUCCAACUAGGGCCAGACAAAUGUGGACUGUGGAAGCUCUGCUGCUGGACUAAUGAGGUGCAGAGGAUAACACAGAGGCCACUGUUUCAGUGAUAAGUCUGACAUUUUUGUUGUACUGAAAGAAAAAUCGAAGAAUAAGGGAUGAAAGAAAAAUACUCCAAGCAAAGAACCAUGAAAAUCCUGACAUAUUCCUGGGGGACUUUGCUGAACCAGAGUCUUUUUAGUCAAGUAGUGCUGAACUAGAACCUGUGUGGCUCCACUACACCAUCAGGACUGUAAAAUUAAGAAACCACUAAUUCAGACUCAGGCCUUAUAUUUUCUCUAUUGCACAUUUAACUGUUGUCCGAGUAACAGCUGAAGAAAAUAUAUUUUGCUGUACCACUAGUGUAAAAAGUAAAACAACAAACAAAAAGAAAAGACGGACAAAAAAAAAAGAAAUGGCAACCAUUCAGUAGUUAUGCCCUUUCCAUGUUAAGAUUCUUCAGACAAGGCUUAUCAAAAUGGUGGAAAUGUGCUUUUCCUCUCACACUUGACUUGUUGUAGUAUGUUUGAAUAUGAAAACAAAACGAAAAAAAAAAAAAAAAGUUUUGAGAGACAUCAGUCCAUAUGAAUCCAUGCUCACAUCUCUGCUUGUGAAGUGCUUUUGCUUUCAUGAAUGAUGAGUUUUUGCCAGUUAGUAUAUUUGUUAACACCGGGCCAUGCACAGAUUUGGAUUGAAUUGGAUAUUUGUGUAAUUUAUUUUACUUGAAAGAAAUUGUCAGGUUUGAGACUUAUGUCCAUGCUAUUGCCAUUUUGCAGGUUUUGCAGACAUGUUUCAUCCUUUGACACAAAUUAAUUUAUUAACUAUUCAAGAAAAAAAAAAAAAAAAAAACAGAACAUGGUUGGGAAGUGUGAAAAAUUGUUGCAGCACUGAUUAGGUUCAAUUUAUUUCUUUUGUAAGAGCCCAUCAUCAGCUGAUAUUUAAUUCAACUCCUGUUUGAUAUCAAAUAAAUGUGAAAUUUCCUUGUU